UUCAAAAAGAGCACCCAAUGUUGAUAGGCCUAAAUCUAGAUCUAUCUAUCUAAAUACUAUAUAAUAAUAUAUUGCAUAUUGUAUUAUAAUAUAGAUUCUAUAUCUUCUUAGAAUCUUAUUACUGGACGUCUAUAGUCAAUAACCUACUCUAUCAUUCUCUAUGAGUCUAUGAGUAUUUUUAAUUAAGUCUAACUACUGUAACUAGGCCUAAUAGUAAUAAUUAAAGUUUAAAUUACCGGAAAUAUUAAAAACAUCAUGAUUUUAAAAUAAUUGAUUAAUGGGCCUCUCGAAUACUUGCUCGCUCGCGUUCAUUUCUGCAGGUGAUCCUGCAGAAGAAUGGCCCACUAUAAAGGAGCUGCAAAGGAAGCGGGGAGAGCUGCCACUCUACUGAAGAAAAGAGCUCGUGAACAGGAAGAGGCUGAAGCUAAAAAGAAAAAGAUUGAAGAAGAACUUGCUAUUGGCAACAUCCAUAAUAAAUUUGCCACACAUUAUGAUGCUAUUGAACAGUCCCUAAAGUCAAGCACAAUUGGUCUGGUCACCUUGACUGAGAUGAAAGCAAGACAAGAGAAUGUCAUUAAAGAACGGGAGAGACAACUUGCAAAGAAAAAUGCAGAGGCUCGGCUGAUUGCAAAAGCAAAAGAAGAUAAAAAGAAGAAGGAUCAGAGGAAGAUAACAAUGCUGUCAUUUGAUCUGGAACAAGAAGCAGAAGAUGAUGAUGAUGAUGACAAGGAGGAAGAGGCCAGGCCUUCAGAUGAUACUGAUGAUACAAUGGCAGAAACAGAACUGUCAGAAGAACUCCGUGAUUUGGCAGAAGAAAAGAGAGAGCAGAAAAGAAGAAAAAGGCUGGGUAUGAACCCACAUGUUGACACCAGCUUUCUACCUGAUAGAGACAGAGACGAGGAGGAAAACAAACUAAGAGAAGUUUUGCGCCAAGAAUGGGUGGCUACACAAGAAAGAAUUAAAAAUGAGGAAAUCACAAUUACCUACAGUUAUUGGGAUGGCUCUGGACAUAGGCGACAGACCAAGAUGAAAAAAGGAAACACAAUCCAACAAUUUUUACAGAAGUCUCUUGAGAACUUACGUAAAGAAUUUAAUGACCUAGUUCCAGUAUCCGUGGACCAGUUGAUGUAUGUGAAGGAAGAUCUGAUCAUACCCCACCAUUACUCCUUCUAUGACUUCAUAGUAACCAAGGCGCGAGGUAAGAGUGGACCCCUAUUCAACUUUGAUGCUCAUGAUGACAUAAGAAUUGUCAAUGAUGCUAAGAUAGAGAAGAGUGAAUCCCACGCUGGCAAGGUCUGUUUGAGGAGCUGGUAUGAAAGAAACAAGCACAUAUUUCCUGCAAGUCGCUGGGAGCCCUAUGACCCUGAGAAAAGCUGGGACAAUUACACAAUCUCUGACAAAAAUGCUGUCAAAAUUACUGUUAAGUAACUGAAUAUUUUAAAAUGCUCUGUCAAGUAAAUUAUUACAUUGUGUUUUUAAUUAUUAAAUAUGCUACCAUUAAUACAACCUUUGAAUAACAUAAUAAAAAACAAGCAACUAU